CACAUGGUACGGUCAGUGGGCACUAUGGCGCUGGCCAGGCUCGGUAGAUGUUGUCGGUCGUUGGCGCACGAGUCCUCCAAAGGUGUGUUUUUGCAGCCAGGUGGGAUCGAAGGCUGCACGGGAGCUAAGAGGCAUCUGUUGUCAGAAGAUGUCAUCAAACUACAAAACUUCCAGCAAAAGAAGCUGUCUGUGGCUCACCUUGGCACUGGAUCCAAAGGAAAUUAUAUCGAACUCUUCAGUCAGAAGCUGCAAAAGAAUGAGCUGAUACUGAGAGAUGAGCUGAAGCUUCUCCUUCACUUGUGCCAGUCUGCAGACGACAUGGUGAUAGCCAGAGAUGCUAUUUAUAGAUAUCACGUAGAGAACCGGAACUUCAUAGAGUUCAGGUUUGGUCCUCUCUUCAUGAGACUGUGCUACGAGCUGGGCCUGGAGGACUUGGCUGUUGCAACACUUACAGAUGAGAGAAUGCAAGGAUUUUUCAACGACGCAACCUCUUUUAACAUCGCCAUAGACAUGUUGUUCACAAAAGGCUCUUAUAUAAAUGCCCUGGACGUGCUAAGAACCAUGAAGAAACAAGGCGUACCGUUCAACAAAGACACAAUGAUGCUGGCAUUUGGCACCUGCUAUAAACUGAACACCGAAGAGUCCUACAAGAUCUGCACUGCUUUGUUAGAGCAGGAACAAGCCAAAGGGCAGUUCAUCUCCAGACACGCCUACUGCUUUGCAGUCGCAUUAGCGCUUCGACAGAAUGACGUUGAAAAGGCACAGUCAUAUUAUUCACAAAUAAUGAACACUGACAGCAGAUUAUGCCAAAAUUUGAAGGUUGUAAUACAAGCGAUGUCAGGAGCAGUGACGGAUGCCAUUUCCAUCCUGUCUGCAGCCAUAAUGCCUAAUAGCCCUACUUUUGUGAAGAAGCCUGUAUUUUCUGAGGAGGUGGUGGAUGUGCUGCGCUUGCGGACCGAAGGCCAACCGGACAUGAUGAAAGUGGAGCAGAUAGUGACUCAGCUUGAACAAGCCGAUCAGGUGACCCAGCAGACCCUCGAUGAUAUGCUCUGCCAAACACCGACGGGGAAGAGGAAACCGAUAAUGGAGGAGAGGAGAAUCAGCCGAAGGACCCUGCAGCCUCUACGGUCCACUCUGCUGUCAGAGUGAGAGAGGCUGAGUGUCGUCUCUGACUGGAGCCUGUCCAAAAACAACAAAAAAAAGACUCUAGCUGGAGUUGAUCAUGUCAUGAUAGUCUCAUCUACCUUUCCUUAAGCGCAGACGCAGUCACCCCUUUUCCAGAUUUGACUUUCAUCCCUUUUUUUGUCAUCCUUGUCCAAACUUCGAUGAAAAAAAAGUCACAUUUCAUUGUGUGUGGAGCAGGACCUUCAACAGAAAGCCACUGAUAGAAAAUAACCGUUCAGUGUUCAGAGUGAUUUGGGAAGAAUGUGUUGUAUAUUAAAGUGUGAAUGAGUGAUUAAAGAUGAAAAUUGUAUUCACUAA